AUGGGAAACUCGUGCUCCCCAGGCUGCAUUGCUGCCACCCCGGCCCACCGACGCGGAGUUGAUGACAUUCGCAGGUACUACAAGAUAGGUCGCAUCAUAGGCUGCGGCUCCUUUGGCCAGGUACGAGAAUGCAUCGACAGGGAAACUGGCCAAGCCUAUGCUGUGAAAGUGAUGGAGCGGCGUAUGAGUGGCAAGGAUAAGAUGACUCCUGGCCGGCCUUCUAACGAAGCUAUGAUACGCUCGGAGGUGGACAUUCUCAAAUCAUUGAACCAUGAGAACAUUGUAGCGUUUGUAAAGUUUUUUGAAGACAAGCAUUGUUUUUAUGCCAUCCUUGAAAAGUGCGACGGUGGCGAGCUCUUCCAUCAGAUUGUCAGCCGCAGGCAAUUUACUGAAGAAGAUGCGUCAGCCCUUUGCAGACAAAUGGCAUCAGCUCUCGCCUACCUUCACGGUCAGGGCGUUGUCCACCGCGACGUUAAGGCGGAGAAUUUUCUUUUUAAGAACAAGGGACCCGACUCUGUCAUCAAGCUUAUUGACUUUGGAAUGUCCGCACGGUUACCGGAGUGCGGAUACCUAACGGACCUCUGCGGAAGUCCACACUACAUAUCUCCUGAACUGAUUAGCAAACGCUACGACCAAGGGGCGGAUAUGUGGGCGUUUGGAGUAAUGAUAUACUUGAUGCUUUUCGGAAGAUAUCCGUUUGAAGGAAGCAAGGCCAGUGCUAUUGCAAGGGAGGUGCAAAACAAGCAGCUCAACUGGUCGCGAGCUGCUUGUCCAUUUUUGACGGAUGCUGCGAUUGAUUUCCUGAGCCGCUUGUUGGACAGAAACGAAAAGACGCGACUCACUGCAGCACAAGCCUUGGCGCAUCCGUGGAUAUCACAGCCAUCACCGGACAAAGCGAUGUCCGUGAUUGGCAAGGAUAAGCUGGAGCUAGCCCGACGGCUCUCUGUUGAUUGCGAACACCAGGGUAGUCAGGCAUCCACAAAAAAGAAUUUUAAGAUUGACAAGGCCCCCAGACAGCAUAGUCGCCAUCAACUGGCAGACGGCAUCGACGGCAGUAGCCGGAACCAGAACGGAGAGUUCGACUCAGGAUAA